AAGAAGAAGAGGUGCCUCCUCUCUUCCACGGGCGUCGCUUUUGUGGUCGUCGAGUCAGGUUUAUUGAAGGGGGCGGGGUUGGGAAUCGGAUUGGAGAGGGGAGAUGGGGAGGGGGAGGGUGCAGCUGAAGCGGAUCGAGAACAAGAUCAAUCGGCAGGUCACGUUCUCCAAGCGCAGAUCGGGGCUGCUCAAGAAGGCCCACGAGAUCUCGGUGCUCUGCGACGCCGAGGUCGCCGUCAUGGUGUUCUCCACCAAGGGCAAGCUCUACGAGUACUCCACCGACUCUAGUAUGGAAAAGAUUCUUGAUCGUUACCAGCGCUACUCGUAUGCUGAAAGAGCCCUUGUAGAUGCAGACACUGAAUCCCAGGAAAACUGGUGCCAUGAAUACGAGGUAUUGAAGGCAAGGAUCGAGGCACUACAAAAGUGUCAAAGGCACCUCGUAGGCGAACAACUUGACAAAUUGACACUUAAAGAAAUCCAACAGCUGGAGCAACAACUUGAGGCAGCUUUGAGAAAAAUAAGAUCAAAAAAGAACAAUGUGCUGUUUGAUUCCAUUGCUGAGCUUCAAAGAAAGGAGAGGGCGCUGCAAGCACAAAACAGUGACAUGGCAAAGAAGCUUACGGAGAUGGACAAGGCUGAGGCUCUGAGCCAACACCGACAGACGGAACAAGCAGCUCAAGCCCAGGCCAGCUCCUCUAUACCACACUUGCUCUCGAUAGAAUCUACCAUAAACAUCAGAAACCACCAACCCACGGGCUCAGUCGUGGAGGAAGCCGCCGAGCAGUCCUUCGCCCGGUGUAACGGCGCUGUUCUGCCACCAUGGAUGCUUCGCCUGUGAAGGACGGACUGAGACGCGCUUCCCACCCAUGCAGGUCCAGUUACUAUUGUAUUGUAGUAAAAGUAUAAUCCAAGUCAAGCUGUGGAGUGUUUUAUCCCUCCGACCCACCCAUAUUCCAAUUUGGACUUGGAGCAAUCCGUCAGAAGUCUCCCUGUAAUGCAUUUUCUAACCUAUGCUUCUAUCGUGUGCGAUAGGUCGUUUGUAUAUAUCGAAAACAAUACUGUAAAAUAAUGGACGAUAAAAACAUUGUGGGGCUUCUAAUUCUCGGUUCCUUUGUGCAAAGGUAUUCUAGUAACAACCGAUGGUGCUGCAUCUUUUGCUUAUGUCCUCCCUCCCUCUGCAGCUGUACCGAUUCAUUUGAGGUAGGAAAAAGAGACUCCUGAUUACCUUUACCUCAUGAUUCUUGGAUGAAACCUUCUGCAGCUUAAACAUUG